AUGGAGGCCCCGCGGGAUGCUCCCACUAGGGCCACCCUUGUGCUAAGCAACACUGAUCCUGCAGAGAAAACGUUGCUUCUCUUCGUAGCUCGGAAGAAAGAGUUGGUGGCAGUGCCCUCGUUCCUACGGCCCGUCGUCUUCACGAGGGCCCAUACAGCUUUAACAACGAUGGCGCUGAUCUGUCUGAAGGCUGCCUGGCUCCCCAUUCGGUCCAUGCCCCCCGACUCCCCCACAUUGCCCCUGCUCUCCCCGGUCCCCUUGUUGCUGGUUCCUGGCCGCCUGCUCAAUGCUCACUCAGGGGAACCGGGAGGAGAAAGGGUGCAGACCACAGCCCCCGGGGCACAGGAGCAGGGCCAGUUUGCCCAGGCCUGGACCAGGAGAUCUGAUGAACAUGGACACCACCCCCCAAAGGACCACCCCUUACAGGCCGCGGGUCCUCUGCUGGCCCCACACCUUCCCCAGACUCCCUGCCCAGGGGCCAGCCCCUGGGGCCACUAUAGAAACGAACAGAUAAACAGAGCCCAGCGGGGCCUGACUUUUUGGAUGGGCCAGAAGAGAGGUGGCGAGCAGUACCCGCCGUCAGAUGACAGCAGGAGCUGGCUGCUCUCACAGCAGCUGCAGCUAAAAAUAGGGGUGAAGGACGGGCACCUUUCAGAGGAUCCCAGUGCACAGCCGUCCUGCCUGCGGGCUUGUGGUGCCAUGAGGUCGCUGCGCUGCCUUUCCGCGGAGGCUCUGGCUGCCCACGCGCCGGCGGCCCUGCAGAGCCUGGACUGUGUGGCCCACAACCUCUACCCGCUGCUCUUCAAAGCCAGCUACUUGCUGGAGCAGGCGGACCUGGUGCAGGCCUUGCUGGUGCGCUGGCCGCUGGAGGAGUUCCGGCUGGGCGCGCUGCUGGGGCCAGGCGCCGACCACCCGGAGGACCUGCGCGACCGGCCCUGCCGGCCCUGCCUCGAGGCCUGCGUGCGCGGCCUGCGGGGCCACGUGCUGCGCGCCGAGAGCCGCACGCGCUUGCGGCUGGCGGAUCUCACGGGCCUGCGCGACGUGCAGGAGCCGCGGUGUCGCUGCAGACGGACGCUGGGCCGUUGGGGCCGCACCGAGCUGCUGGCCCGGGCCUGCUUCGAGCUGCAGGCAGAGCCACGCGUGGCCAGACGUCCCACCGUCGAGGUGCUGGCUGACCUCUUCGUCACCAACGGCAAUUUUGAGGCGGUGGUGCGCGCCCUGCGACCGGCAGGCCCGGCGCCUCUGCGGUUGCUCUGCCCUUCUUUCAGGGCUGACAGCCUGCGCCCGGCGCAGCUGCUGCAAGUGGUGCGGCUGGCGGGCCCGGGGGCACUGCGCAGGCUCGAGGUGGUACACAACGUGCAGCUGCACGCCGGCCACGUGGAGCAGCUGCUGGCGCAGGUGCGCUUCCCCCGGCUGACGGCGCUCACACUGCCCGCCAAGGCCUUUGACGCGCCACCCGCCCACGGCCCCGUCCCCCACCACGAGGACUCCCACCUGACUGCCAUCGCCAGGGCGCUUGGCCAGAUGACCCAGCUCACUGAGCUCAGCGUGUCCUUUUCCAGGCUGACCGGCAAGAUCCAGGAGCUGCUCGGCUCCCUGCAGACCCCACUUCGGACCCUGGACCUGGCCAACUGUGCCUUGAACCAUGCAGACAUGGCCUUCUUAGCAGACUGCCCCCACGCUGCCCACCUAGAAGUGCUGGACCUCAGUGGCCACGACCUGGCCAGCCUGUACCCAUCCACCUUCUUCCGACUGCUCCGCCGCGCCGCCCCCUCACUGCGGACCCUCACCUUGGAGGAGUGUGGCAUCGGGGACCAGCACGUGAACAGAAUGGUUCUGGGCCUGAGCCCCUGCCUCCAGCUGCAGGAGCUUCGGCUCCUGGGGAACCCACUGUCGGCCCGCGCCCUGCGGAGACUCUUUGCUGCCCUCUGUGAGCUCCCCGGGCUGCGGCGCAUUGAGUUUCCGGUGCCGAGGGACUGCUACCCCGAGGGUGCCACCUACCCGCAGGACGAGCUGGCCAUGACCAAGUUCGACCAGCAGAAGUACGAGGAGGUGGCGGGGGAGCUGCGUGCGGUGCUGCUGCAGGCCGGCCGGGAGGACAUCCAGGCCUCCACACCCCUCUUCGGGACCUUCGACCCCAACAUCCAAGAAACAAGGCAGGAGCUGGGGGCCUUCCUGCUGCAGUCUUUCAGGAGCGCUCUGGAGAAGUUUUCUAGAGCGCUGGAGCAAAUGGAGUAG